UCUAGCGACUACACCAGUUCAGCUAUUGUAGCUAAAUAGUCUGAAAAACAAAGUCACUGUUAAGAAUGGGGGACACUACAGGUGAGACAAGUGGGCUUCUUCACCUGAACAUACACAUUAAGGAGGAUGAGGAUUCCCACAACGGUGUUGUGAAGCUGCUGAGGAUUAUUAGACCACAGUGGAGGAUAGAAGACAUUAAGAAAAAGGUCUUUACAGAAGGCACCACCAACCAGUUGACAGGCUUCUACACAGGCUGCCUGCGGUCCUCGGAUGAUGUGGUGCUGGUGCGGGUGUAUGGCCACAUGACAGACCUCUAUCUGGACCGACGCAAAGAGAAAGAGAUAUUUCAGAUACUUUACGAACAUCGCUGUGGCCCCAAGUUGUACUGCAGCUUUGAAAAUGGGAUUUGCUAUGAGUUUUUGCAAGGCAUGGCGCUCGAUGACAAGCUACUGAGGCAGCCUGUUGUUUACAGGCUAACUGCAGAGGAAAUGGCAAAAAUCCACAUCAUCAAGCCCAGAGAUGGCCCCCCACCUCAGGCUUUCCUCUGGACCAAAAUGGCCCAUUUCCUUCAGCUGGUACAGGAUUCUGAAAAUGAUGAGAUGCCAAGUUCUUUGCGUCUACCAGAGACUACCAGUGUGGAGGCUCUGAGAAAUGAAAUGCACGAUUUAAAAAGACGACUUGGUCACAUAUACUCUCCAACCGUGCUGUGUCAUAAUGACCUUUCACCAGCUAACAUCAUCUACAAUGACACCAAAGGCACUGUGAAAUUCAUUGAUUAUGAAUAUGGUGAUUUUAACUAUCAGGCUUUUGAUAUUGGCAACUUUUUCAAUGAAUAUGCAGGUGUGAGCAACAUUGACUACAGUCGAUAUCCCAGCGUGGAGCUUCAGAUGGACUGGCUGACUGCUUACAUAAGGAGGUACGAGAGCUGCUCAGGCACAGAUACCAUCUCAGAGAAUGACGUGAAGAACCUCUAUAUCACAGUUUGCAAGUUUAAUCUGGCUUCACACCUCUUCUGGGGAUUAUGGGCAGUUAUUCAAGCCAGACAUUCGGCUAUCAAUUUUGACUUCAUGAGAUAUGCCAAUGCCAGGUUUAAGCGUUACUUUGAGAUAAAGGAAGAAUACUUAGGAAUGUAAAAUGGCAAGAUGGAUAUAGAUGUUAAGGCCCUAUUACAUUCCACUUAAAGCACUUUUCCUCUGUCACACACACACUGUUCGUUUAUCCAGCAAAUAAUGAUGUCCACAGACAAGGUAGAGUAUGUUGCAUUAUUUUAUGAAAGUUUGAUGUAUUGUGACAUCAAAGCAAGUCAAAUUUGUCUCUUAUGUCUCGUUUCAUUGAACUACAGAUACGCUACCCGAUCUGGUUCCAGCUAUGAGUAGCCUAUCAGCUCUCAUAGUAUGAUUUCUUAUGAUUGGGGGAAGGGGUUGUUGCCUGGUCCAGAUUGUACACUGAAGACACUACAUACACCUUACACAGAGAAUAAUAUGGACUUCAGAAAUACUUUCCAAAAAUAAUUACACAUGUGGAAUUUAGGUUUGUCCAAGUUGUAAUUAAAACUCCAGACCUCUCAACAUACCAGGAGCAUCGUAAUGCAAAACUGUUUCAGGAAAGGCCUUAAUGUGAAGGACAGGACCAAGAAUGCAUGCAUAUGUGUAUGUGUGUGUGUGUGUGUGUGUGUGUGUGUGUGUGUGGGUGGGUGUGUGCAUGCAUAGGCUAUGCAUGUGUGUGUGUGCGUGUGUGUGUAGCUAAUAGCGUAUUUUAUUAGCGCAUUCAUUUUUAACUAACUAUGACUCAAAUGAGUGGAUAUGCGAUGUGUUGACAUGGCCCCUGGAGACCAACAUACAAAAAAAGAUUUGGUCAUCCUAGAUUAGAACCUACGGUUUUUGACACAGAAAACUGUGUCUGCCCUACCCUCCUUUCAAGUGGUCCGGUACGUUGGGUGGGCGAUGGGUCAAAACAACAACAAAAAAACAAAGACAGUCUUUUAAUGCUCCGAGAAUCAUUGACACAAAAUUACUGGAAAAAAAAAAAAAAAAAAAAAAGUUACAAUCUGGAAGAAAAAGAAAAAGAAAAAAAAAUCUUAUAUAUGACUGCCGUGCAAGCAAAGAGGCAUAUUUUACUGGGGAAUAGUAUUUGUGUUAACAUCAGACAACGCACUACAUUCACUGCUUUUAAAGUAAGUUUUAAGAGAUGGUUAAAAGCAAUCAGCACUGCACGUGAAGACUUUUUAUCACUGUUUCAUGAUGUUUUAGUGUUUCAUAUUUAUUCCUUUUUUCCUUCAUUGUCCAUGUCACUGUUUAAUGCCUACAGAACUCUCUUAGUCAUAGGAAUCGGUGUAAAUUGUGAUUGUAUUUUAUUUUCAUGUGAUGAAUGUCUAUUUGUCCCAGUUCUACAGUACAUGUUUUUUCUGUUUCUUGGAUAACAUCAACUCCUGCCCAGGAACUACGUAAACUAACCUUUGUGUUAAUCUGGCUCAGUCAUUCAUUGUGUAUUGUCCCUUAGUAAACCAUGAAUGAAUGAAUAAAUAAAAAAUCAUUAGAAUCAUUUUAUUUUUGAGAUUAAGCUCACAAUGUGAUCUCUAGUCCGGGAGCCAAAUGCCAUAAUUUAGGUGAACCUGGUUUUGUCGGUUAAACUUUAACCAAGUGGAGAUUUUGUUCUCCGAGUGAGAGAGGAACUCAUCCAUAUCCGCCUUAUAGUCAACACAUUGGACAAGAAAGGCUUAAUAUACGAAAUUGCCCAAGGGAUAUCACCGGGCACCCUCUUAAAUCUUAAAGAGGUACCCCUAGUCUACUAGAUUCUGCAAAAAAAAAACUUUAACCGACAAAACAAGGUCUGACCCCAUGGCUCCCUGACUAUAAAGAGAUCUAUUAAGGAGGAUCUGAUGAGAUCAAUCACUUAAUUUACACAUUAUAUUGAAAAACCUGAAAAACCAAUUACACACAUAUCCCCAAAAGGAGGCUGUUAUCCCUCAGAGGCUGUUCAUUCUCAUAACCCCCCCCCCCCC